AUGGAGACUCAGCCUUUGAUAGCUACAGAGGAGCCCGUGGAGCGUAAGCCAACUCCAUUUAAACAUAGGCUUGUCGGACUUAUUGCCGGGCUUGCUGGGGCUCUUUUAUUAUUUCAAUUCUUUUUCUUUCCUGGUCCAAGGGAAAGAGUCCAUUAUGACCUUCUGAUUCGUGAUCUUACUUGGGGGGAUGUUAAUUUCCUUCAAACUACGGACACACAUGGCUGGUACUCAGGACAUAUCAAUCAACGUCAAUACCAUGCAAAUUGGGGUGAUUUCAUUUCAUUUGCCUCUCGUCUUCGUGAGAUUGCGAGGGCAAAUAAUCAAGAUAUCCUCUUAGUGGACACUGGAGAUAGACAUGAUGGGAAUGGACUUUCUGAUGUGACUGUCCCCAAUGGCUCCAAAUCCUUACCAAUAUUUAUUCAACAAGAGUAUGAUUUGAUCACUUUAGGAAACCAUGAACUUUAUGAAUUUGAGAAUUCACGUCAAGAAUAUGAAUUGGUUGCUGCUCAUUUUGGCUCUAAAUAUGUUUGCUCCAACGUUGAAUAUAAAUUACCUAAUGGUACAUUUGUCCCAAUUGGUAAUAAAUAUCGUUAUUUUACCACUGAAAAUAAAAAGGUUAGAGUUUUAGCUCUUUCAUUUUUGUUUGAUUUCACUCGGUUCAAUGACGGGACUCGAGUGACUCCUAUUCGUGAUAGCAUUGAACAAGAAUGGUUCUCCGAUACCUUGAAACAAUUCCAACCUGAAGAUGUCGAUUUAUUGGUUGUGUUUGGACAUAUCCCAAUUAGUCAUAAAUGGAGUGAGCUCUAUUUAUUGCAUACUAGAUUACGUGAAUCUUAUCCCAACACCAAGAUCCAAUAUUUUGGUGCUCAUAGUCAUAUUAGAGACUUUUCUGUAUUUGAUGAGAAUCUGGUUGGCUUACAAAGUGGAAGAUUCUGUGAAACAGUUGGAUGGGCCAGUGUUAAACUCAACGGGAAGGCUGCUCCUUCUGAUAGUUUAAUCGAUGCCGCCAAGGAAUCCUUUUCCAGAUCAUAUAUUGAUUUCAAUUUACAAUCUUUCUUGCACCACAGUCGUGUGGAUUCUUUGGAUGAUUUCCAUACUGAAAGGGGACUCAAUGUUUCUAAACAAAUCGUGGACACUAGGAAAUCAUUGAAAUUAGAUGAUGAAAUUGGGAAAGUUGAAAACAAUUAUUAUCUUGAUUAUGUUCCAAUUAAUCAUCCAAAGAGUAUCUUCGAAUUACUUACAAAGAAAGUUCUUCCAACUUUGAAUUCUACUAAAAGUGAACAGGUUUCAUCUGCUGGUAGAAUUAUCAUAAUCAAUACUGGGUCCAUCAGAUAUGAUCUUUAUAAAGGUAGUUACACCUUGGAUUCUCAAUAUAUCGUAUCACCAUUUGAAAAUGAUUGGGUCAAGUUGAGUCUUCCAAGGAAAGUGGCGCUUAAGAUCGCCUCUAAAUUGAAUGAUGUGCAAUAUAUUACCACUGAUUCCCAACAACUGUUUGAAUCAUUGAAACCACCACAUCAUUGGAAUCAACCAGAUCAUUUUUUCACUCAAAUGACAGAUGGUGACAAAUUUGAAGUUGAACAGGAACAAGAAAAAAAUGAUUACUUCAAUAUCAAGAAACAAUUACCUAAAGGUUACGUUACUGUUGAUGAUUUCGGCCAUGAUGGUGACGAUACUCCACAUAGACCAGUAGUGAACUAUCCUAUUCCAAACGUGGUUGAAUCAGUUGAAUUGAACCCUCAUUUGAAAAGUGACCAUGAUGUGAUUGAUGUAGUUUUUUAUAGCUUCAUUACCCCAAAUAUUAUUUGGGCUUUGAAAGAAUUGGAUUUUACAAGAGAUGUUACCAAAGAUGUGGAAUUUUAUUCUGAUGAAUAUUUGGGUCUUUUAUUAAAUUCUUACAUUGAAAACUUUGGUGCUUAA